CUCCGCCAUGGCGGGAAGGCUGGUGUCCAUGCUCCGGUGGCCGCCGGACCUCGGCGGGCUGCCCAGCCAGCUGUCCGCGCUGCUGCCUUCGUCGCCGCCCAUACCGUCGCCGUCGUCGUCGUCCUACUACGCGUUCCUCCAGGAGCGGCUGCAGUGGGACUGGGGCCCGGAGCAGCUCGGCGCGGCGGUGCGGCGGUGGCCCGAGCUGGUGCCGGACGUGCCCUUCGUCGUCGACGCCGUGCUCUGGGGCUUCAUCACCGCCGUCGAGUCCGUCGCGCUCGUCUCGAUGAUGUGCUGCUUCUUCCUCUUCUGCGGCUGCACGCUGUGAGAGCCCGCACGAGCAAGACGGAGGAUGCCAUGCCACUAAGCUAGUACUAGUAUGUAUGGUUAGUUUUAUUAUUUGGGUUCUUUCUUUCUCGAUAUGCUUUGUUCAUGAUACGUUGAUUCUGCUAAGAUAUUUGGCCAUGGUA